CCUUUUUUUUUUUCCUCCGCGGGCCCGAGAUAUGGCAAUGGUAGUUAGCAGCUGGCGAGAUGCGCAAGAGGACGUGGCCGGGGGCGGCCCCACCGGAGCAGCUCAGCCGGGCCGGGAUCCGCAGCAAGGGGCCUCGGCGGCCCCCCACACGCCGCAAACGCCGAGCCAGCCAGGCGCCCCGUCCACGCCGGGCGACAAGGGCCAGCAGCAGCAGGGCUCCGGCCAGAGCCAGCAGCAGCAGCAGCACAUCGAGUGCGUGGUCUGCGGCGACAAAUCCAGCGGGAAGCACUACGGGCAGUUCACCUGCGAGGGCUGCAAAAGUUUCUUCAAGCGGAGCGUCCGCAGGAACUUAACGUACACUUGCCGGGCCAACCGGAACUGUCCCAUCGACCAGCACCACCGCAACCAGUGCCAAUACUGCCGCCUGAAGAAGUGCCUCAAAGUGGGCAUGAGGAGGGAAGCGGUUCAGCGAGGAAGGAUGCCUCCGAGCCAGCCGAACCCGGGCCAGUACGCGCUGACCAACGGCGACCCGCUGAACGGCCACUGCUACCUGUCGGGCUACAUCUCGCUGCUGCUGCGAGCCGAGCCUUACCCGACGUCGCGCUACGGCAGCCAGUGCAUGCAGCCCAACAACAUCAUGGGCAUCGAGAACAUCUGCGAGCUGGCGGCGCGGCUGCUCUUCAGCGCCGUCGAGUGGGCCCGCAACAUCCCCUUCUUCCCGGACCUACAGAUCACCGACCAGGUGGCCCUGCUGCGCCUCACCUGGAGCGAGCUCUUCGUGCUCAACGCCGCCCAGUGCUCCAUGCCGCUGCACGUGGCCCCGCUCCUGGCCGCCGCCGGCCUCCACGCCUCGCCCAUGUCCGCCGACCGCGUGGUGGCCUUCAUGGACCACAUCCGCAUCUUCCAGGAGCAGGUGGAGAAGCUCAAGGCCCUGCACGUCGAUUCCGCCGAAUACAGCUGCCUCAAAGCCAUCGUCCUCUUCACCUCAGAUGCCUGUGGCCUGUCGGACGCGGCGCACAUCGAGAGCCUGCAGGAGAAAUCGCAGUGCGCCCUGGAGGAAUACGUGCGCAGCCAGUACCCCAACCAGCCCAGCCGCUUCGGCAAGCUGCUCCUCCGGCUGCCUUCCCUGCGCACCGUCUCCUCGUCGGUCAUCGAGCAGCUCUUCUUCGUCCGCUUGGUAGGUAAAACCCCCAUCGAGACGCUCAUCCGAGACAUGCUGCUCUCCGGCAGCAGCUUCAACUGGCCUUACAUGUCCAUCCAGUGUUCCUAGAGCAGCCCCUGGCCUCCCCCGCUUAGCGCACCCGCCACAGGCCUUGCGGCUGAGCGGCCAGAGGGGGUCCCGAGGAGGGAGAGAGAGGGAGAGAGAGAGAGAGAGCAAAGAAAGGGACCCACAAACGCCCCACUUCCCCAAGGCCGGGCGCCCGGAAACCUCGUCUUGAAGGAAAGACUGGCGGAGGAGGCUGGCAACUCCGGGCCCGGCGGCGGUGGCCAAAAGGGGCAAGCUCGCCUGUCUGGAACCAACGGCGGACGCCAAGGUGGGAGACUUUAAAAGGAAGAAACAAAAAUAGCAAAGGCCGAAGGGAUUGUCCCAUUAUACUGCCCGCCCGCCCCGCCCCGCCCCCUCCGAGAAAGAAAGAGGAGGAAGAGGAUUAGAUGGAUUUUCCUGGCUUGAUCACGGACCGGAGUGGUGAUCAACUGUACAGCAAACGGAGUUUUAAGAAACGAAACUGAAGCCGAACUGACUUGAGGGGGAGGGGGAACGGGCGGGGGGAUCCACAGGUAAACACUGACCACGAACAUUGUUCUUCAUUUUGUAAAAUAUUAGUCUUUAUUUUCACUUUUUUUGUAAAAUUUAAAACAUCGUUAUGCGCAUAAAGGAGAAAAAAAACCCAACACAAGAAACAAAAAAAAUUAGGGAGGGGGAAAUAACGUUUUCCAAAUAAUUAUUAAAAAAAAAAGCAAGGAAUUGUUCUGUGUGUAUGUA